UUGCGCUCUUUAGUCAGCACCCUGCCGGAAAUUAGCCGUAGAAGAAGAAUAAGUUUCCUUCAGUAGGAAGAUAAUUCGGCCACACAGACCGGGACGUGAGCAGAAAACAUGUUCCGUAACCAGUAUGACAACGAUGUGACGGUGUGGAGUCCACAGGGUCGGAUCCACCAGAUCGAAUAUGCCAUGGAGGCCGUGAAGCAGGGGUCAGCCACCGUUGGACUAAAAUCCAGAACCCAUGCUGUCCUGGUGGCAUUAAAGAGGGCUCAGUCUGAACUGGCUGCUCAUCAGAAGAAGAUCCUCCAUGUGGACAACCAUGUGGGCAUCUCCAUCGCUGGACUGACCGCAGACGCCCGGCUGCUGUGUAACUUCAUGCGUCAGGAAUGUCUGGACUCCAGGUUCGUCUUCGACCGACCUCUUCCAACGUCACGUCUUGUCUCUCUGGUUGGCAGCAAAACCCAAAUCCCAACACAGCGCUACGGCAGAAGGCCGUAUGGCGUCGGACUGCUCAUCGCAGGAUAUGAUGACAUGGGCCCUCACAUCUUCCAGACGUGUCCAUCUGCAAACUACUUUGACUGUAAAGCCAUGUCGAUUGGAGCGCGCUCCCAGUCGGCACGUACCUACCUGGAGAGGCUCAUGGACAAGUUCAACGACUGUAACCUGAAUGACCUGGUCCAACAUGGACUCCGAGCCCUGAGAGAGACCUUGCCCACCGAGCAGGACCUCACCACCAAGAACGUUUCCAUCGGCAUCGUGGGUAAAGACAUGGAGUUCACCAUCUAUGAUGAUGAUGACGUGGCUCCAUUCCUGGAGGGUUUAGAGGAGAGACCGCAGAGGAAGGUGGCCCAGCCAGCAGAUGAAGCGGCCCCUGCUGAUGCCCCUGAUGAGCCCAUGGAGCACUGAGGAAACCCCACGUUAACCCCGCCCACCCCAAUGUUGUGACGUGCCACUUGUUUAACAGUUAAUCCAGAAUAUUCUCUGCUUACAUCAAUGUGAUGGUUUUGUAUGGUUCAAGUGUAACCAGUACACAACAAAUAAAGUCUGUUUUUGAGCUCGG